UAUUUCAUGAUAAUUGUUUUAUAUUAACUAUAAAUAGUCGAUCUUUACAUUUGACCGAGCUUAGUAAACAUGAUUUUUAUAUUUUUUAAAUGAAUAUAAAUUGAGGAUAAUAACGCUGAAAUACGCAGAAUUUUAAUACUGAUUUUUAACAGUGUAUUAGUUUAUAAAUAUGUCAAAAGAAGAAGAUAAAAAUACACCAAACCCCCAAAAUGGCGACGCUAAUUCCCGACUGGCUAUCGAAGUUACUAAAGCAGAAGACGACGAUAACGACGAACCAUUGUCCGAGAGGCGUCCAUCAGCUAUGUCGUCCAGUUCAGGAUCGCAAAGUGAAAAAAGUCGACCACCGACUUGGAAAAGCUAUGUUUUAUUAGUUGUAUUAUUCGGUAUUUAUAUUUGCGUCAAUCUUAUUGGAUCAGUCAUAUUCAGAGCAAUCGAACGAAAAUCGGAGGCUGGAUCCCCUCAUUGGUUUCGUGAAACGAAAAUUAAUUUUGUGAAACAGCAUCGAAAUAAUUUAACGAUGGAGGCUCUUGAAGCGUUUUUGUCGAAAACUGAAAAAGCGUUGUCAGAUGAUGUUUCAUCUAUUAUUGGGAAUGAAAGUAUUUAUACCGAUAAAUGGACCAUUGGAUCUGGCUUCCUUUUUAGUUUUACUAUAGCCAGUACAAUCGGUUAUGGUACUGUUACUCCAGUGACUGGGGGUGGUCAGGCAUUUACGAUUUUAUUCGCAUUACUGAGUAUUCCAUUCACCGGAUUGUUAGCUGCAAAAUUGGGCUCUAUUUUGGCAUAUUUCAUUAAAAAAGCGGCCGCCAUUAUUUUUAAAAGAAGGGGUAAAAGCAACAGAUACGUGAAAAUAGCCAGCAUUGCAUUCACGUUUAUAUUCGGAUUAUUUCUCUACAUCGCAAUGCCGGCAAUAUUGUUAACAUAUGUUAGUAAUGAAGAGGGAUGGACAUUUAUCGAAUGUUUAUAUUGCGUAUUUGUAACAUUGACAACAAUCGGAUUUGGAGAUUAUGUACCGGAUCCACAUUCUACGGCUGGUAUGUUGGGAAACAUCGUUGUACUAAUAUGGGUUGUAGCAGGCUUGGCAUGGUUUGCCACAAUUGUGAAUCUUAUUGCCACCCAGUUGUCAAAACAAGCUACAACGCUAAAAAAGAAAGUUGCCAACCAACAAAUUACAAUGAAAACUUUAAAAAAUGCGACCGCAACACUUGGAAGUCGAAUAUCCACCAAAAAAUCAGGAUCGAAGCAAUCUGUAAGUUCAACGAAGGAUUCUAAAGGAAGCAACGACAGAUUUUCGGAUAUCGAGUCAGGGAAGAAAAAUUCGGAUUCAAAACCCGAAUCAUUGGAAGGAUCAGCUGACCCGCUCAACCCAAAUAAAAGCACGGAUACUGAAUCUAGCUCAAACAAUAGAAAAAGUCUUCCUGGCGAAACAAGUAGCGGUCCGUCCACACCUGUUAAAGCUCCAGAUGAUAGGCGAGAAUCCACUACGUCUAGAAGCUCAAAACGCGAUGACCGUAUGCUCGGACCGAAUGCUUUUAUGUCCGUGAUUUUGAACAAUAUGGAAAACUAUGAUGACGUGCAUGAAAGAAGCGACGAGGAAGAACAACAAUCGUAGGCCGAUUUUGUUUUAAAGAAUGGUUAAAAAUCGGAUGAUGGUCGGUAAGUAAACGCGAGGAGGAGUUUGAUCGCGGCAUUCACUUCGCCGUAACAGUUUAUUUAGCAUUACAAAGAGAUUAAAUUUGAGACAAGGCCUUAAAUAAUUUUAUUUAUGUCCGCAUUUUAUAGAGACUGCACUUUUAUAUUGAUUGGUUUUUAGACCUUUUUAUCUAAAGCACUUUUCAAUUUGUGACAGGGAGGAUUGGAAUCAUUUAAAUAGGUAACUUGCGUGCCUCAUUACUAGAUGAUUUAUCAACUUAUCUUUUAACCAAUCCCACGACACACUUUUUAUUCUAUUGGAAUUACGCUACUCAUGUAGUGAAACGUGAUAGAUAACAGUGAUAGCAAUAAUAGUGAUAGGUAAUUUUCAUUCAAUAUAAUGUGUGUGUUCAAUACGUACAAGUGGCACGCACAAAUGAAUUUUGACUUGGUAGCGUGUUUUACCAAUUGAGCGUUGCCACACUCACGUUCCGAUAUGAACGUGAUGGGUGGCACAAUCGUUGAACUUUGGUUCCAUACAGAAAUAUCAAGAAUCGUUUGCUUUACGACGUUGCCUUUUAUUAAUAAAAAUCAAUGUUUGUUGAAACAGUAUCGUAAUCAAUACAAAUUAUAUUGGAUACUUUAUAAUAUCUGAAUGAUGAUGCUUUGAUGUUUUAUUAUCUUAAAUAUCUCACUUUUGGAAUACAACAACCUUUUUUACAGUACAUAUCAAUAUCAUUACAACCAAAUUCAAAAGUAGGGUGUUACCUAUUCUAAAUCCUAUAAUUUGCCUAUAUGUGUAUUUCUUUCUUUCCACACUUUUAGCUUCUCAUCAUUAUUCUGUAGCAAACUGCAACGCAUUUUAUUUUAAAUCUUUGAGAUUGUUUAAUAAAAUCACAAAAUAAAAAAAAAUGUUUACUAAAAUUUUGCUUGAUAGGUUGCGGUCGACUGUUUGUUUGAUAUCAUUGGCAAAUUUAAUGGGGUCGUGGUUUUAAUUCUCAGUCAGUCCGAAAAUUAUAAUGGUUAAUUAGGGUCUUGAGGGUAUUUUUGAUCGCGGUUAAAAAUUUUUUGUUCAAACAUAAAUAUAGAGAUUAAACAUGUCAUGUAAGCUUGAUUCUAGCUCCAGCAUUCAAAUCACUGACAUUUCUUUUGCAUGGAUAUAUC